CCCAGACAAACCAGGAGCUUCAUUUGGAAAGCUGGGCUGAUCUUUACUAUGUAACUUCUUCAGUAUUAUUAAAAUUCAGCACAUUGAGAUGGAAAGUUGCUGGGAUGCUGUGUAGAGUGUGGGCACAGAAUUCUGGUUCAGGAAGCCAGGAAUGGGCAUUGUACCUGUGACACAUUUCUGUGUUUGUCUUAGGAAUUUACUGAAGCAGUCCAUUCCGCCCUGUGUGGGAGCAGCUGAUGGAGCACACACCUGUCUGGGUGCUGUGCUGGUCUGUAGGGAAUGUCAGCCUUUGUCUCCAAUCUGAACGUGCUGCAGCAGUGUUAUUACCAUAUAGAACACAAACACAGAACAUCUGUGCAGCUGAAGUAGAGCUCUUGAUCGCAUGGAUAGCACUUACUGAGGGGUGCUGAUGUGCUGGGGCCAGAGGGUGUUUGGUGCAGCCAGGUGAUGCUCAGUGCUGGACAGAAUGGCCUUCCUCUGUAUAGAGGCAGAGGAAGGCUGAGGGUGAGUGAGAAAGGCUGAAAGCUUUGAAAGACAGACCCUGAAAAGUUUCUUCUGUAGCAGCCCUAUUGGUGCUGGUGUGCUUGCUGUACGCACCGGCUCUGCUGGGAAGCUCGCAUGUGGAAGCACUGGGCACAGUUUGUGCGUGUGUUGUCAGUGCAGCACAGUAAGGGUGGGCCAGCUCAAAACAGGGUAACAGAGCUGGCGUGACUCGACAUCACAGGGAGCAACUGGGUGCUGAAUUGGUUCCACAAGACGAGCUGGUGUGAAACCAAGAAGGCGAAGAAUUGGAUUCUGUGGAACCACUUCAUGAGGCUGCUAGGGAAGAGAAACUGCUGCAGGGACAGUUUUUGCUCCCCCCCAUGGCUCUCUGCAGGGGGGAGCAGGCCCAGGAGGGAUGACUUCACAAAGGAGUGCUGAGUGUGUGCACCUGGGGCAGCAGGCAGCCCCUGCCCCUCGUUGUGCUCAGCUGGGCCUGGGGAGGCCAUCCUACAGCAGGUGUGCGGCUCAGUGCAUCCCACUCAGGGUUUGCUCUCUGCUUUGGCAGUGCUAUGGCAGCCCGCAGGUCCAGCAGCGCUUGGCAUGUGGGCAUGGAGGGGCAGCACGAGCACCCGCAGCACCUGGGGGACCAGACCAGCGCGCUCUGCAAGCUGCCAGGCCAGGACUUCCAGCACGACCCGCAGAGACAUUUAACGUCAUACCCGUAUCGCUGCACACUGGCAGACUUUCAGAUAGAGAAAAAGAUCGGGCGAGGACAGUUCAGUGAAGUUUACAAAGCAACUUGUCUUCUGGACAGAAAACCUGUGGCAUUAAAGAAAGUUCAGAUUUUUGAAAUGAUGGAUGCCAAGGCCAGGCAAGAUUGCAUAAAAGAGAUUGACCUCUUGAAGCAACUGAACCACCCCAAUAUAAUUAAAUACUUGGAUUCUUUCAUUGAAGACAAUGAACUUAACAUUGUUCUGGAGCUGGCAGAUGCUGGUGAUCUCUCCCAGAUGAUAAAGUAUUUUAAGAAGCAGAAACGGUUAAUCCCAGAAAGGACGGUGUGGAAAUAUUUUGUGCAGUUAUGCAGUGCGGUUGAACACAUGCACUCCCGCAGGGUGAUGCACAGAGAUAUAAAACCAGCCAAUGUGUUUAUAACAGCCACAGGGGUGGUGAAGCUGGGAGAUCUUGGAUUAGGCCGGUUUUUUAGUUCUAAAACCACUGCAGCACAUUCCUUAGUGGGAACUCCAUACUAUAUGUCCCCAGAAAGAAUACAUGAAAACGGCUAUAACUUUAAAUCCGAUAUCUGGUCUUUGGGCUGUUUGUUGUAUGAAAUGGCAGCUCUUCAGAGUCCUUUCUAUGGAGAUAAAAUGAACCUGUUUUCUCUUUGCCAAAAAAUAGAGCAGUGUGACUACCCGCCUCUCCCAGCUGAACAUUAUUCUGAGAAGCUCCGGGAGCUGGUCAGCAUGUGCAUAUAUCCUGAUCCAGAUCAAAGACCCGACAUUGGUUACGUGCACCAAAUAGCAAAACAAAUGCACGUUUGGACCUCCAGCACCUGAACCAUCUGCAGACACUCUCAAAAGCCAGCACAGCUUAGUCUUACUUGAAUUUUUUUUCUCAGAUGAAACCGACUGGUGCCUAGUCAGCGAGUGAGGGGAGCACUCAUAGCAAGAUGCUCCAUUAUUUCUGCAGGUUAUUUGACAAGGACUCUCACAAGGUGGUCAUGCUUUAAAGUGAAGAUUCUGUGAGGUAUUGCAAGUGAUUUGUUGUUUUUUUUUUUAAGCCAAUAAGAUGUUACAGGUGUAGAUCAUUUAAGGGUCUUUUCUUAAACUGUCGUGUGUAAUCUAGGAUAGAUGAUAUUAACCGGGGUGUCAGCGUUGGGCACACCUCUCCUAUCUUAACUGUAAUGUGAAAUAUUGAAAUAAUUCCUUCAGUGAAAUCACUUUAUACUAAUGUAAGAAUUACAGUAGAUUUUGUGUCGUUUGUAUAACUGCUACUUUGCCUCUUCUGCAAAUGGUUUAUAGCAAAUUUCAGUUUUUACUUUGUGUAUUUUAAAGCAUCCAUUUAUGUGUUUUUAUUAAUUCCCUCCUUCAGAUUUAGAACUGGGAGUGGUUUGGGGGGUGGGAGGGGGGAAAAAUGCAUUUAUUUCAUGACGACUUUUUUUUUUAACUAAAAACUUAGAGCGAGUAUUUUGCUAAUGCAUUUAGCUGUUAAUUCAGCCACUGAGCUGAAUUCAGUGUACAGCUGGGGAAGAAAACCCACAAAUCCUGUGCAAACCACUCCACAGAAAUGUGCUUCAGCAGGGCCUUUCUGAGCACCUGAUUGUCACGACUUCUGAUACUGCAGGUUGCUAUGAAAAGCAGUGUUUCUCUCCCCCAGCUGGAUUUUUGGGAAGAUGCUUGUACACGUUCAGUAGUAAUUAGGUACCAGUAGGUAGAACUUUAAGCAAAGCAGUGUUUUAAACUCUUUGAGACAUACAGAAACCAAGUCAGUCAAAUGCUCUGUGUAGCUUAAUUCCACAAAGGAUCAGCCCCGUCUAUUUAACUGUGAAAGCUGAUUUAGAAUGUGAAUUUUUAUAAAAAUCUCAAGCUGAUUAGAAGGGGUCAUCUUCUUUAAAUUAAAACUUUAAACCAACUAAA